CCAGAUUUUGAUGAGGACACUUUGCGAGGUGAGCUGUGUUGAGCUUCAGCUUCAGUUAUUGUUAGAACUUCUUCUAUUCCACCAUUUUCAAGAAUGUAAGCAGAUGUGGAGAAGGAUAUAAUUAUACACUGUAUUAAUACUUUAAAAGAUAUUGGCCAGUUAUGGCUCUCUUCUAUGAUUAUAAUAUGCUGUUCAUUUAGAGGAUCUAUGACACAGAAACCUUUGUUUGUUAUUUUCUUUUCUAAAAGUUCAAAGCAAGUACACUGUACACAAAGUUAUAAUAAGUAAAUUCUUUAUUUGAUCAUGGUACAACAUCCAUUUUGUAAGUUUGCAUCAUAGUUACCAUCAUCAUCAUCAUCUUUCCAUUAUAAUGCAACAAUCAAUUGAAAGCUUCAACCUCCCCCCCUUCCUUUUCCCCUGGGCAACCCACAAGCAUUAGCAUUUGAUCAUUCAAGCCAAACAAGGGGGUUUGAACCUUGCCUGACUACAUUGGGGAAUUUGAAUCAGAAGUGUCAAGACUUUAUAAUAGAAUACAAGUGUUAUAUCGAUCUCUAACUGUGGAGGUGUUUAAGGUAAACAAUGCACUUUUACUAACAAAUGGCUUAGAAGGAAAAAGUCUACAAGUUUUAGGUUUUAUGCUUAAUCAUCAUCAUCAUCAUCAUCAUAAUCAUCACCAUUGUUACCCGCAUUAUAAGCAUUAUCAUAACUAUCAUCUUUUUUAUCAUUUUUCUUAUCAUUUAGGUAAUAACAUAUUGUUUGUCUAUAUUAAGUAAUAUUGCUUCUGGUUGUUUAAUGCUUGCAACAUUUGGAUCUUAUUGACUUAACCAUCUAAAUGUAGUGAAAGCAGAAGACUCUUCUACACCUAUAAUUAUGCCAACUCUCCCUGAUUAUCAGGGAGUCUCACAGUCACUGAAGCAGACUCUGAGGGUCUCCCACAUGGGUCAUCAAACUUUCAAGAUAAAAGAGGAUUUGGUUCAGCUCCACACAGAAACAUCACAUUCAAACUCCAGAUUUCCCACAUCUAAUGUUAUCUGCCCUUUUAUUAAUAUUAGGGCUCUUAUCUUAAUUUUCUUGAUUGCACUUAGACUGUUUCAAAGUAGGGAUUACACUUUCUUAUAAACAACAACCACAACAGUAACUGAGUCUGAUUGGUUGAGCUUUCAACCAAAAAAUCUCUCAUUAAUUUACUGAGAGAGUCUUUCCUGUGAAGGGGGAGGGGGGGGCUGCACACAUUAUCUAAGCUUUUCAGGGGAUAGGUUCAGUCAGACAGAUGCAAAAGUGGCAUCUGGCACUAAAGGAAAAAUCUGCAGAUUUUGAAUCUCCAGAUCUUGGCAGUUCUGCUUAUAUUCACUAAUAAUUAUUAACUAUAACCACAGACUUUUUAAAUUUUUUUUCUUUGCAGCCACAGCUGAUGUUUAUAGGAAUAAAGGAAAUGAGGCCUUCAAGAAAGGAAAGUUCAUCAAUGCUAUUCAUUUUUACACCAAAGGAAUUAAAAUGAACUGCAAUAAGACAGAACUGAAGGCCAAACUGCACAACAGGGCUAUUGCACAUUUUAAACUUGGUAAGAUGAUAAGAGGUUUAAUAUGCAUUUUUUUCUCUUUUGAAGCUAUUAGGCUGUUAAUAGUAGUUUUCUGAAAAAGGUGAUAAUUUUGAAUGUAGACCUUGUCUUGGCCUCUUAAACAUACAAAGAAGUAACCUCUUACCCCAGAUAUCAAUGAGCAUCACAAGUUUUUCCUGAAAUUGUUGUAAUGGUGGUUGGUUAAAAUGCUACGUGUAUGGCUGAUCAGAGAUAUUUAUUUCAAUAACAGGAGAUCACCAGUAUAUUCACUAGGGGAUGCAAAAGCAGUCAUUGAGUUAACUCCAACUUCCCUUGAGGCAAUUAUGAGAGGUUAGAUAUGAUAGCUGUGCUAUAAUAAUAAUAAUAAUAAUAAUAAUAAUAAUAAUAAUAAUAAUAAUAAUAAUAAUAAUAAUAAUAAUAAAAAGAACUCAACACUCUAAGGUCAAAUGAAUUUCAAUAUUGUCUCAAUUGACUUUAAUUAAGAAGUUGAGUGCAACUUGAUGUACAUUUGAAUCCAGCUCUUGACUGCUAUGCCGUUUCUUUCUUUGAGAACAUUAUUUUGAGCUGGAUGAAUUAAGGGCUCAAAGCGGAAUGCAAAGCAAAAUUUCAGCAUGAGUAUUUUAGUUCCCUAAGCUCGAUGAGGUCAAGUGGUGUCAGAUAUGUUUAGUCACUAUCUAGCUGUUUUAAAAAAGAAGGAUUGGUCCGUCGGAUGAAAACCAAAUUACUUGCGUGGCUCUAAAGAAUCCCGAAUCGUAUAAAUAGAAUUUUAUUCGAUCUGAAACAAUAAAUAAAUAAGAUUUCUAAACAACAGAACCUAACCAAAAAUAAGAGACCUAAGCACAUCAUAUAAUCUUAAAAACACGAACAGAUUUAAUCGCUAAUUACAUGCGGUCUUACAGAAAUUACACUAACAGAAAUCAACGCGAAUAAUUGCAUGUAACAAAGCCUAAGGAAACCAAAAACGACUUAAAACAACUGACUUACUUCGUGACGGGAUUCCAGAGUUAAACUAAACUGUAUAAUCAUCAAAAACGGGAAAGCUAUCCUGAUUCAUGCCUCCGACACGACACGUGUAAAAACUAACUAAAAACCAUCAACAUACUCAUAUUCAGUGUCAAUCAAGGUGAUCAAUAAGUGAAAAGAAAAGGUGAAAUAUUAAACUAAAUAAACUUUUAAACGUAACGCAAAUGUCACGCGAGCAAUGUUCUUCUCGAAACAAGGAUCAGGACUUACCUUCCCUCAAACCUGUAAGAAAACUUUCCUCAUUCGUCAAGCAUAUCAGGAAGCCACUGGGCUUAUAGAGUUGAGCCACCUUACUUACAACUACAGUAUUUAAAAAAUAAUAAGUGCCGUGAAUGUGCAGCUUUGCCAAUACAGUGUUUAUUUAAGUUAAAAUGCUUGCAUUUUUGUCUUAAAGCUAAAAAGAUUUGACAAACUAGUGAAUGAAACAGCUUUGUGAUCACUGCGCAAGGAUCAACAGUGGUAAAUCUUGUCUU